GCUAUCUAUUCUUAGAUGACACUUCGGCUGGACUGACCAGGCGAGAGACGAAAAAGAGUGUUAUUUUGUGCUUUCACAAAAGGGGAGGGAAAAAGAACACUCCUUUUUUUUUUCAAAACAAGGCAUACCCACCUGUAUUCCACCCCUCUGUUUCACAGAGCCCAGCAUUUUCCUGCAGUGAAGGAGAGACAAAAUGUCCUUCAGUGUCACUCUCAAUGGAUCUGGUCCGUGGGGCUUCCGUCUGCAGGGAGGGAAGGACUUCAACAUGCCUUUGACCAUCUCCAGGAUCACCCCUGGCAGCAAGGCAGCCCAGUCUCAGAUGAGCCAGGGAGAUAUGGUGGUAGCCAUUGACGGCGUCAACACAGAUGGCUUGACCCACCUAGAGGCCCAGAAUAUGAUCAAAUCAGCAAACUACAACCUGAAUCUUACUCUUCAAAAAUCAAAACGUCCAAUCCCGAUACCAACAAGCACCCCGAGGAUUGAUUCUCCCAUGCCUGUGAUCCCUCAUCAAAAGGAUUCAGUCUUGGAAAUCAGUGGCGACGGAGGAAGCUUCAGUCCCUUAAAUAGCAACUCAGUGGGGGCCAGGAAUAGCAUUUUAGCCAGCAAUGGUGCCCACGCAGGCUACCUCAGCAGACAGGAGACCAGUUUGUCCCAAAGUUCUUCCUUCUUAAUGAGCGCCAGCUUUAGAUCUUCCAUGUCCUCCUCUCAGCCCAUUACCCCUGACCUCUCGCCAGCAAAAUCUGACUUAGGUUCAAGAACAGGCCUGGUCUUUACUCAGGACAAUAAAGCGAAACACCAGCUGAGCCCCGCCAGGCAAUAUAACAACCCCAUUGGCCUUUACUCAGCAGAGACGCUGAAAGAAAUGGCUGAGAUGCAUAAGCUAAGUCUCAGCCGAAGAUCUUCCCAAGGUUCGCUUCUUAGAGGUAACCUUCCUGUUAAAGACCCUCAUGUAGACAGUGCCUCUCCAGUCUAUCAGGCUGUGCUUAAAACUCAAAACAAGUCUGAAGAUGAGCUGGAUGAUUGGAGCCGUCGAUCUUCCAACUUGCAGUCAAAGUCCUUCCGAGUCCUUGCUCAGAUGACAGGAACUGAGUACAUGCAAGAUCCAGAUGAGGAUGCCUUGAGAAGAUCAAGUGUCAAGAAACAUGUUGCCACCACAACUGAAAACAGUACCCCUGUUGAGCAUGAGCCUGUGUCUAUCAGCUGCACCUCUUCUGCUAUGCCUGCUGCUUCAGCCAGUCCGUCUUCUGCUGCUGCUGCUUCUCAUAGUGGUGUCCAUCGGAUGACGCUGCUGCCAGCUUCUGCUUCCUCUGGGGCUUAUGACUCCAUCUCAUCCUCCUGCCAAAGCUUCCACCAUCAAGCUUCGACUUCCGUCGCCUACCAGUCGCAGAAGAGAGGCCAAGCCUACGGCUCAGCUGCGGCUCCCCAUGGCCCAACGCCUUACACAGGCUACAGUGAAGCCCCAGCACCUGCUUCGAAGCCAAGGGUUAUAACCACUGCCAGCAUAAAGCCCUCGGUCUAUCAGCCAGCCGCUCCAGCCCCUGCCCCACCAUCGGUGUCCACACAUACCUAUAUUCCAAGCCAAGCUGAGCCUGCAAGCCGUCCCCCCUGGGUGACGGAUGACUCCUUCUCCCAGAAGUUUGCUCCUGGGAAAAGCACCACCACCGUCACCAAGCACGUUCUGCCAAAGGGUGCUCCAGUUCCUCCGUCUUCUGCCCCGCCUCCCUCCAUUCCUGCAUCCGUCCAGGCUCCUGCUAUCGCCCGGGGAACAAUCCAAAGAGCAGAACGCUGCCCCGCCAGUAGCCGAACUCCGCUCUGUGGACAUUGUAACAGCAUCAUCAGAGGGCCCUUCUUGGUAGCCAUGGGUCGCUCUUGGCACCCUGAGGAAUUCAACUGUGCUUAUUGCAAGACCUCCCUCGCUGAUGUGGGCUUUGUGGAGGAACAGAACAGUGUCUACUGUGAGCACUGCUACGAACAGUUCUUUGCUCCGACCUGUGCCAGAUGCCACACCAAGAUCAUGGGGGAAGUGAUGCAUGCAUUGAGGCAAACGUGGCAUACCACUUGCUUCGUCUGCGCUGCCUGUCGGAAACCGUUUGGAAACAGCCUCUUCCACAUGGAGGAUGGAGAGCCCUACUGCGAGAAAGACUACGUUGCCUUGUUCAGUACCAAAUGUCACGGAUGCGACUUCCCCGUUGAAGCUGGCGACAAGUUCAUUGAAGCCCUUGGUCACACCUGGCAUGAUACGUGCUUCAUUUGCGCUGUCUGCCAUGUCAAUUUGGAAGGUCAGCCAUUUUAUUCGAAGAAAGAUAAACCUCUGUGCAAGAAGCAUGCCCAUGCCAUCAACGUCUAAAGAAAGAUCCGGAAGGGAAUCACGAAGUAAAAAAAAAAGUGUGGAGGUUGAUUCAACAAAUUAAAUAUACCUGUAGAUCACUGUGGAUUUUUGAGAAUAGAGAAGGGAAAAGGGAAGUCACAAAAUUAUGGACACUUUGAAUUAUGCUUUUGUCUGUGCAUAUUAUGCUUUUGUGUGCCACCCUUUGGCACACAAAAGGGUGAACAAAAUAUUCAUAGCUUAACAGCCAACCUGGACUGCAAAUGCUUGAGCAAAGUGAACAAAAUAAGGGGGCAGUUUCUAUGUAAGCAUGUUGACUAGGGUGGCCUUAGCCUAGGAGAACCCAUUAGUGUUAAAGAAAGAAAGAAAGAAAUAGAAUCCUUUCUUAAGUAUUAGAACACAGCUCAAAAGUGCCAAAUUAUGCAAAGUAACUUAGAGUCCAUUGUGAUGAGUCAAUGAAGUAUUCCUCACCAAGACAACAGAAAUAUAUUCCAUUGUUAUAUGUCGUGACUCUUUUUCACAUUACUUAGAUGUGGCAUAACUUUUAGGUGAAAAAAAAUGUAAGCUAGAUAGAAUUAGCUAAAAAAAAAGCAUGCCAUGGACUGACCCAAUCAAAGCUUGAAUUCAAACACAACUAAAAAAAAAAAAAACCUUCUGGUAAUUGUCGCUAAUUACCAGGUUUUCUUGUAUAUAGGUGUGGUUUUUCUGUAUUAAAAAAAAAA